AUGGCCCGCAAGCCACUUCUUGAGGUCCUUUGGCAAUCGAUGACGACUUCAAAUGUGUGGCUUUUCUUUGCGGCGGCGGUGGGCGUCGUUUCGUUUUACGUCUUUCUAAUGAAAAAUGCACCGGGGGGCGGCAGACGCGAGACGCCGGGCGUUCCCGGUUCAAAGACUGGCAAGCCGUCGCUGGUGCAGCAAAUGCGCCAGCAGCAGUUUAAGGGGCACCGCCUCUGCGUGGCCUGGGAGGUGCUCGCGGAGCACGGGCAGUGGCGCGAGCACGCCAAGGCGACCCUCAUGGCACUCGCGCGCGACAUGGAAGUCUACGUGAUGUGCCGCAUUAAUUGCAAGGAGGAGAAGGACGCGGUCCUCGCCAUGUUGGCGGAGGUGCCAGGGCUUGUGCGGCACCGCAUCCUCUUUUGCGAGACAGCGAAGGGGUAUGAGUCGUUUUGCCGGCAGAUCAAGCCCACCGUAGUAGUGACGCACAACGAGGCACAGGCGUCAUUCCUGAGCACGGUGCUUCCAAACGUCGCGCUUGUGGGCGCGAAGGUGCCGGGAACUGCCGUCACAUGCAUUUCAUCGAUUCAAGAGUUAUCCCAGCAGUGCGCCGCGUGA